GUCAAUUUGACAUUUAUGUAAAUAAAAAGAUUCUAAGUUUAUCGAGAUUUGUUAAGAAAUAUUUUAUUUAUUUUAUUAGUAAAUUAUAAAAAAUUUCUCCAGCAAACGAUUCGUUGCCUAUUAGUUUAUCAACCAAUUAUUCAAAGUUUUAUACUACUUAACAUUACAAUUAUUAUGGUUGAGGUUAUAGUGUUGACAGCAAAAACUUUAUACUUAAUUAGACAAAUUUUUAAUUAUAAAUUUAUUUCAAAUAAAAUUAUAAGUGUUUAAAUAAUAAUGCGGACUUAUACUCGUAAACGACCGGAGUAUCAAGUAAUAGAAGGCGUGGAGAAUCUUUGCAGACUGUGCCUGGCAAAACCUGAGGAAGCAAUACCAAUAUUCACUGAUCAAACGGAUGUGUGUGCAACGUUGCCUAUGAGGAUUAUGAUAUGCGUUGGACUGGAGAUGGUACGUGAAAACUGUCUUCCAAACCAGAUAUGUAAAGAAUGUUAUAAAGAUUUAGAAAGCUAUUACAGUUUUAGGAAAAAAUGUGAAGUCACUUAUCAGAAACUUAAAUCUCAUGUAUUAGCAGUCAAAGAAAGGGAGUUUAAAAGAAAAGCAGUCGAACAAAAGAAUAAUGAUAAUAAUAAAUUAAUAAUGAAAAAAGAAAACGAGACCAUAAAAAAUGCAGAAGUGGAAGGACAACAUUUAGUAUUGAUGUUCAAUGAAGAGAAUCAACUGCAAGUGGUGAAUGUAGCUGAUUUAAAUGGUGUCUUUCAAGUUAGUGACAAUAAUGAUAGUCAGAAAUCUACACAUGUUACAAAUACUAAUGUCAUUGAUAGGGAAGCUGAAGAAGAAGUUGAGGUUCAGAUGCAAGAUGUGUCUACAACCAAUGCACAGUUGUCCACAGUUCAAAUAGAAGCUGAGAGUACAGAUAUGCCUACAUUGUUUUCCACAAUACUGUUUGAAUUAGGAAUAUUGAGCCAACACAAAGGCAACUUGAUUGUAAAUCAAGAUGUCAGUACAAUUGAAUUAGAAGGUGGAGAUGGGAGUUGUAUCACAUUAGAAUUGGUUGAGGAAGAUGAGGAAGAAGUUAUUGAAAGUCCACCAGCAGAACCCGAAAAUAAUAAUGCAGUCGAAGCAGAUGUAGUAAAGCAAAAAAAAAAUAAUAUGAAAUUCUCAUAUCCAAUUGAUAAGGACAUUAAAAAGGCAAAAGACACGAGGUGCGAGGUGUGCGGAAAGCGGUUCUCGACGCGCAGCGUGCUGGCGCGGCACGGGCGCGUGCACUCGGGCGAGCGGCCCUUCGCGUGCCGCACCUGCGGCCGAGCCUUCGCGCAGCGCGCCGUGCUCACGCGGCACGAGCUCGUGCACGCCGAGAGCCGGCCGUUCAAGUGCUCGCAGUGCUCGAAGAGCUUCACGCAGCGCGGCGCGCUCGCCACGCACGCGCGCUCGCACGCGCCGCCCGCCGCGCGCCCGCUCGCGCUGCACCGCUGCCCGCGCUGCCCCAAGGUGUUCCUGUACGCGUCCGGGCUGAGCCGGCACGUGGUGGUGGUGCACCAGGGGCGGCAGUACGUGUGCAACGUCUGCUGCCGCCACUUCCGCGACAAGAGCGCCCUCCUGCGGCACGUGCGCGCCGCCGCGCACGCCGGCCGCGCCGCCGCGCCUUCUAAGUGAGCGCGUCAUCACUUCAACGGCAAUGAAAAUGUUCUCGAAAUUUCGAACCCAAUCAAGAAGAGAAAUUUAUUCAUUCAUUAAAAUAUGUAUACAGGGCAAACUUUAUGCCUAACGGUAUUCUCUACCAGUCAACCGAUACACUAAUUAACUAGUGGUCUUUCGGUUAUUGUAAGGUAGUAAACAAAUAAAGUUUUGACUCUCCAUUUUCAGACCCAAGUCUGAAUUGAACAUCUUUCAUUGUUCUUACAAUUCAGAGUACAAUUUUGGAAUUAGCUUUCGUGGUAGAUCCAUAUUGUUUUACUGAAGCAGGUGUUAUUUUGCGGAAGUCUAUUUUACUUGUUACUUGGUUAGAAUUAAUUUGUUUAAUUGCCCAACCAUUAGUAUGCGUGCACCAUAAUAUGUAAAUAUAUUUAUAAUUUCGUUUAGAAAUGAAUAAAGUGCCGCCAAACAUGCGUGGACUGGAUAACGGUCGGAGAUUGAUGGAUAAUAUAGAACUUCUGAUAAUAAUAAUAGCAAUUAAUCUACGAGUGUUGACAGUCGCACGCAAUAUGCGUAAUGUGAAAUGGUAGCGGAAUUAAACAAAAUAAUUCUAGACAACUAUCAAGACUCAUAGUGUUACCAAUUCACCUGGCGAUCUUAUUUAUUUUCAAAAUAAACAAUAUAUUACACAUGUUUAACUUUCAAGAUCUGUGUUAAACUAUAUUUGUUGAAACAAUGAAUUAAAAUCGAUUUUUAUUAAUUGUAGUGGAAACGAACUCAGUCUUUUUUUUAAUAUAUUUUGACUGAUAUUG